CGGCCCCGGACCAGAUUCCCCACGUUGACGAGGAUGUACAACUACGUGAGGGGCCGCCGACCUCCGCCCUCCCCGACGUCGUCGAGCGCCGCCGCCGCCGGGCCGCUCGCGCUCGCCGGCGCCGAGCGCGACGCGUCCGAUCCCGCGACGCCCGAUCGCGCCGGGGACUCGGCCAAUCGGCCAACCAACGAUUUUACCGACGACGACGACGCGGAGGUUCGCGCGCAUUCCACCUCGGGUCUUCGCCGCCGCCGCGUCGCCGCCGCCGCCGCCGCUCGCGUUCCUCCGUCCGGUUCGGGCCCCGGGGCGCGAUCGCCCAGCCACGCGCUCCGCGACGCGGUCGAGCGCGUGGCGCGCGAGCUCGGCAUCAACACUUUGAACAACGGCGGCGCCGACGCCUCGAACAAUUCCGCGGAUCCUCCCUUGGAUCGCUCGGCUUGGGACGACGUGGACGAAGCCGGCGCGCCGACGCCCGAGGCGCUUCGAGCCCGCGUCGCCUUCCUCGCCGAGACGAUGACGUCGGUGCUCCGCGAGUUUGACGCCCGGUUGCAGCGCGCGGGACACAGCAGCACGCGGAUGCUUGGCGACGGCGGCAAGAGGCCGGCGACGCGGGAGGAGGUUGACGCGCUUCCCACGCGCGCCGCCGGCGACGCCGAUUGCGCCCGCUGCUCCGACGCGAGCGGCGCCGCGCGCGAUGGACGGACCGCGGACGGCGUCGACGCGCAGGGACCGCAGUGUUACGUGUGCCUCGGCGAGUACGAGCGCGGGGAGACGCUGCGGACGCUGCCGUGCGGCCACGCGUUUCACGCGGAGUGCGUGGAUAGGUGGCUGCUGGAGAUGCGGGGCGCGUGUCCGACGUGCAGGGCGCCCAUCGGCGACCGACUCUCUAAGGGGGCCGCUUCAGGGACCGGGGCGGCGGCUCCUCCUCCGCGGCUGGCGCUGCCGAGCCCGGAGCCGCGGGGGUUUGCCGCGGUGCCGUCGGAGUCGAACCCGAGGGUGCUCCUCCUCCCGGGCCCGGCGGUUGCGUCGCACUGAUUCAUUUCGAUUCAUUGUCACGGACGAUUAUUUCUUGACGCGUGCGCCGCGUCUACGUUUGUAAUGUUAACGAUUCUUUUCUCGAUU